CUCAGUCCUCUCCAGCUCCUCUCUAGGACUUUUGGAAACGCUUCGACCUCUGGUUUCAUUUUCAUGGAGGAUAUUUCCUCGAGUGUCGCGGUCAGAGAACUGUAAUGUCAGCGCGCUGCCGUGACCCAGAGGACGGCAGCAGCUGUGACGGUGCAGACGAAAGAUAUCUGCCAUGUUGCGCCUCUGCUCUCGCCUCAGCUAAAUUAACUAUCGUGGUCGGGGACACCCACUUCUCUGAGGAGAAGAGGUUUCUCGUUCAGAGCUGCGACUAUUUCCGAGCUCUGUAUCGCUCAGGAAUGAAGGAGUGUCGGCAGGACGAAAUCCACCUCAAGUCUCUGCGCGCUCGAGGUUUCCUUAUCGCCUUGGCGGUGUUACGAGGCGAGAUGCCCGCCCUGGACGCCGACGACAUCGUCGAAGCCAUCGAAUGUGCUGCUUUCUUGCAGGUGGCGCCGCUCACUAAGCAUCUCAUCUACCUCGUCGAUUCUGACAACUGUCUGCUGAUGUAUCACACCGCCGCAAACUUCGGCCUCAUGGAUCUCUACCGCGCCGCUGCGCUGUUCAUCCGGAACACGUACGCCGACGUGGAAGCGGAGGUCAAGAAAUCCCUGCCGUCAGAGCUGAUCUCCUACGUUGAGUCUUUGACCCCGAGUGUUUUUGUAGCGGUGGGGGCUCAUGUGACCUGCGGCGUGGAUGAAACGGUCCACGCUGCCUCCAGGACGGUCUGCUACCUGGAUGAGACUGCCAACAUCUGGAAAGUAUUGACAGAUCUUCCACUAGAGGCCAGCACCUCCAUGGCUGGAGUGACCGUUUUGGACAACAAACUCUACAUCGUCGGAGGAGUUCAUGGACUUCAUCGACAAGUCGUGGACUCUUGUUUCUGCUACAGCGUAGAAAACAACAGCUGGAGCCAGAUCUCCAGUCCGGCGCAGCUCCGAUGCAAUCUCAGCCUCGUGGGUUUAGACGGUCGACUCUACGCCAUCGGAGGAGAGUACGACCGGAAGUUAAUGUCAUCGGUGGAAACCUACGACGUCAAGACAGGAAGGUGGGAGUUUGCCGCUCACUUACCACGCCCGGCGGCGGGAGCGGCGUGCACCAAAGCCAUGGGCAGGAUAUUUGCGUGUUUAUGGAGGCCGAUGGAGACCACGGAGAUCUACGAGUACGUCUCAGGGAAAGACGAGUGGCGGCUGGUUACCACGCUGAUCAGGCACCAGAGCUACGGCCACUGCAUGAUCGGCCACAGGGACAACCUGUACGUUGUGAGAAACGGGCCGUCGGACGACUUCCUGAGAUGCCUGAUGGACUGCUACAACCUGAGCUCGGGCCAGUGGUCGUCUCUGCCGGGACACUUCGCCAACAGCAAAGGUUCGCUGUUCACGGCGGUGGUGAGAGGCGACUCUGUGCUCACGCUCAACAGGACCACGACUCUGGAGUUCGCCGUCGACGGUAAAACCUGGAAGCCCCGACGGCAGAUGAAGGGUUUCCCCAGAAGUGGAUCUGUGUGGACGUUUCUGCUCCGGCUGCCAGACGCUCUCGUGCUGCAGUAACGGCUUCAUUUGCUCCGGGAUUUAUUGGAUUGUCAACAUCGUUUUACACUCAGACAUGUGCUUCAAUAAAUUGAAAGGAUAAUUCCUGUUUAUGACUUCUUCGGGGCUUUGCAGUUUUGUCCAUCGUUUCGUUCGUGCGAUGCAACAAGUCCUAAAAACCAUACGACGACAUGGGUUGUUUAUUCCUGCCCUCUAAUACGACCCACUGGAGCAUUUUUUUUCCGUUCUCAUAUUAAAACGUAACGGUCGCGGUUUUAAACACAUCAUUAAAGUUGUGAAAAAUGUUGCAGUUUGGUUAUGUUUCGGCGCCAAAACUACUCAAUUCAGUUCAGCAGAAGA